UGGUUGAGGUAAAGCGGACUAGAGACGGAGCCUGAUUCGGGCGUGAGCGCGGGCCUCUUCGCCUGAGAGAGUGAACGGGGAAGAGGAAUCGGGAUAAUCAUCUUAGGAGGCUCAACAUGGAGUCUGAAGAUGAUGUUUCUCCUGGAAAAAUACUUGAGGGUUUGAAACUCUCUGAGGAACAAAAGAAUCCUUCAGAAUUUGGCUGCAAUAGUGCAUGUACCCCAAAAAUUACCAAAGAAGAGGCGAAUCAGUUGCCUGACUCUGUCAAGGAAGAUGAUGAGCUCUUCCAUGACUGUAAUGACUCCUUUGAAUUGGGAGGGGCAGAAGAGAAUCACAAUAGCGAGGUUGAUCCUUCAGCAAGUCCAGCAGAACCAGAUGAAAAAGAAUUAUUAGAACUGGAGAAAAACAUGCCAGAGGAAGAAAAACAGAAGAGACAAAACGAGAGCAUAAAAUUAAAAGAAGAAGGGAAUGAACAAUUUAAGAAAGGAGAGUAUAAAGAAGCUGAAGAUUCUUAUGCAAAAGCCCUGCAGGUUUGUCCAGCCUGUUGUAGCACAGACAGAUCCAUUUUGUAUUCCAACAGAGCUGCAGCAAGAAUGAAACAGGACAAAAAAGAAACUGCCAUAAGUGACUGCAGCAAAGCCCUAGAAUUAAAUCCAAACUAUAUGAAGGCACUAUUGAGGAGAGCGGAACUGUAUGAAAAAACAGAAAAGCUAGAUGAAGCCUUGGAGGACUACAAAAAUUUAUUGGAAAAAGAUCCAUCAAUACAUCAAGCAAGAGAAGCAUGUAUGCGACUGCCAAAACAAAUAGAAGAACGUAAUGAAAAACUUAAGGACGAGAUGUUAGGAAAACUGAAAGAUCUUGGGAAUUUGGUGCUCCGCCCUUUUGGCCUCUCAACAGAGAACUUCCAGGUGAAACAGGAUUCAUCAACUGGGUCAUACUCAAUCAACUUUGUUCAAAAUCCAAACAACAACCGAUAACAUAAGCUCAAUCCGCUUCUGAAAAAAGAAAUUGGCUUUGAAGCUUAGUGGUGGUGUGUUUUCAAUAAAUGCAAAAGGGAUGAAUAAACAUCUAAUGUACAAUGUAUCUACAUGUAAAGAUAUUUGAACGUCGUCCUAUGCAUUUUUCUUCUGUGGGGUACUUUUAACAGGUAUGAGCAAUAGAGGAAAGUAAUCUGGCUUCUGUAGUGAUAUUUGAUGCACUUUAUCUGGGCUCUCUGAAUCCUCCAAUUGGCAAAAAAGGGAGUGCUCCCAUACCUGUAAUCAAAGUGCUGCCAUUUUGUGUUUUGUGAAGUUUGCAAAUGUGUGUGUGAAUGAGAAGGCAUCUCUCUAUUGCGAGAGAAUACUUUUAUCAAGUGUAAUAAAACAUUGAUGGUA